GCAGACCUUCCCGCCACAUAUACUGUUCAGUCAUGGACCAAAUUCAAAAUUCAGGCAAAGAUGCAGAGUCCCAGCCUUCAAGACCAGGAAACACAAGACAUUUUGGUGGCUUCAAGCUAUAUUUUAGGUAAUUGGACUGGAGAAUUCGAUACUACGAUGGAGCAGCUGAGAGUGGCCAUUGUCACAGUAAAUUCUACCGGAGUGGACGCAGGACUAGCCACAGGAUUAUCAACAUGGAUUGCUGCAGCCAUGAAUCAUCUGAAGGAAUGGGCGGGCAUGGGAGUGUUAGCAGGCCUUCUGGUGUUGGUCUCCUUGGUUUGCCUGUGGUAUAUAUGCAAGAUUAGAGUCUCACAACAGUGUGAUGCAGCCAUGAUCAUUCAGGCCUUUACAGCCAUUGAAGCAGGACAUUCUCCCCAAGCAUGGUUGGAUACCAUAAAAAGCUAAAAUGAUAGGCUCAGGAUGCGAGGCUAAGCACUGCACUCAGGGUCAGCCGCUUUGGACCCAGAGAAGAGCAUGUCUGAUUGCAUGCGGGUUGAUGCCCCAGGUCCCACCUCUGAGAAAAAGGUAUCGGACGGGUCUGAUGCUCUUUGGGUGGAUGACACCUAAAUGAACAUCUGUACAAAGUCCCAAUUUAUUUCUAAUAUCAGAGAUCAGACCUCUACUCUUGCCUGAUGCGUCUAAAACAAAAAGGGGGAACUGUAGAGAGCUGCGGAAUGCUGCGCCUUAAAGAUGGAGCUGGUUUCCGCCUUCCACCUUCCCGAUGGUGAGUGCUCUCUGUCAUGAACAAUUCCACAUUUGGCUAAGGCUGAGGAUCUGGUUUGCUUCCAUGUAUGUGGACCUAUCUGCAUUGCCCCCGUGGCACGCCUGGGUUGGCUACCCAGAGGCUAUUUAAGCUGUGGGCUGGCUUUCCCCGGGAUCCGAGGAUUGUUCAAUGUUCCUGAAUAAACUGCAUUGAAAAAAAAAAAAAAAAAAAAAAAAACAUACUGCCCAUCUCUAAAGUUGGCUUCUGCUGAAACAAAGAUUAGGCUAAAGUGAUGACCUACUAAGAUUCUCCACUGAAAUCAGUUUAUUACCUAAUAGUGUUAACCUUAUUUUUGUAAUGAUAAUCAGGUUAGAAAGUUAUACCUUAUCUGUACAACAAUAACAUUAAAAGAGCUAAGGCAGUGCUAGCUGCUACAGGGGAAAGAAAUACUGAUAUGCUCUCUUCAGUGAAAACAAAUAAACAACAAACAAACAUCUGGUAUUCUUAAGAAAAGUAGAAAAGCAAUUGAGUUCUAUAAACAGUAUUUAAUUCUUUGGUUAACCUUUCUGCCAUCUUUUUCUCUUUCUUUUUAGGUAUUUUUGGCAUCCCUCUCAUUCAGCUACAUAUGCAAGGCACUAGGUGGAAUUGCUAUGAAAAGUUCCAUUACUCAAAUAGAAAGAAGAUUUGACAUAUCAUCUUCCCUUGCUGGUUUGAUCGAUGGAAGCUUUGAAAUUGGGAAUUUGUUAAUCAUUGUGUUUGUGAGUUACUUUGGAUCCAAACUGCACAGGCCAAAGCUGAUUGGAAUCGGUUGCUUCGUCAUGGGUUUAGGGUCACUGCUGACUGCGCUGCCACAUUUCUUCAUGGGAUAUUACAGGACACCAAAAGAAAAUGACAUCAACUCUCUAGACAACUCCACAAUGGUGUGUUUAGUUAAUCAAACUACAUCAUUCAAUGGAACCUCACCUGAAAUAGUGGGAAAAGGUUGUGAAAACGAAUCCAAGUCAUACACGUGGGUUUAUGUCUUGAUGGGGAACAUGCUUCGUGGGAUAGGGGAAGCACCAAUAGUCCCGCUGGGAAUUUCCUACAUUGAUGAUUUUGCAAAAGAAGGGAGCUCUUCUAUAUACUUAGGUAUUCUGCAUACUGUAGCAAUGAUUGGUCCAAUCCUCGGCUUUCUCUUGUCAUCUGUGUUUGCUCAAAUGUAUGUAGACAUUGGAUUCGUAGACCUGGACAGUAUCCGAAUAACUCCUAAAGAUGCUCGUUGGGUUGGUGCCUGGUGGCUCAACUUUAUUGUGACUGGAUUAUUAUGCAUUAUUUCUUCCAUACCCUUCUGUUUUAUACCCAAAAUUCCAAAUACAUUUCAGAAGGAAAAGAAAAAUUCAGCAUCUCUGCAUGUACUCAAAAUAGAUGAAGAAAAGAAUUUCAAGGCUAAUUUGACCAAACAGGAGAAACAAGCUCCUGGCAACAUGUCUGGUUUUCUCCAGGCUCUGAAAAGCAUCCUUACUAACCACCUGUAUGUUAUAUUCCUGGUACUUACAUUACUACAAAUCAGCAGCUUUAUUGGAAGCUUUACUUACUUGUUGAAGUUUAUAGAGCAACAGUUCGGCCAGCCAACAUCUCAGGCCAACUUUAUGUUAGGAAUUAUAACCAUACCUGCUAUGGCAACUGGAAUGUUUUUAGGAGGAUAUAUCAUUAAAAGAUUCAAAUUGACUCUGCUUGGGAUUACCAAGUUUGCAUUUUUCACCUCUACAAUGUCCUAUGUGUUUCUGCUAUUAUAUUUUUCUCAAAUCUGUGAAAACAAAUCAUUUGCUGGCCUAACCUUGACCUAUGAUGGCAUGAACCCCGUGGACUCUCACAUAGACGUGCCGCCGCUUUCUCAUUGCAACUCAGACUGUAGCUGUGAUAAAAAUCAAUGGGAGCCCAUCUGUGGGGAGAAUGGAGUGACUUACCUUUCCCCCUGUCUGGCUGGAUGUAAAUCUUCUAGUGGUGAUAAAAACUCUAAGAGUAUAGUAUUCUAUGACUGCGAUUGUAUCAGAGACUCUGGUUUCCAGAACACAAACCACUCAGCACACUUGGGUGAAUGUCCAAGAGACAAUUGCAAAACAAAAUAUCAUUUGUAUAUAUGUUUUCAAAUCUUGAAUUCUUUUUUCACUUCACUGGGAAGCACUUCGUUUGUCUUGAUCCUGAUAAAGUCUGUUGAACCUGAGCUGAAAUCACUUGCAAUGGGUUUCCAUUCACUGGUUAUACGAACUCUAGGAGGAAUUCUAACUCCAAUCUAUUAUGGAGCAUUAAUUGACAGAUCAUGUAUGAAGUGGUCCAUCACCAGAUGUGGAACGCGUGGGGCUUGCAGGGCGUAUAACUCCACACUAUUUGGAAACAUCUACUUGGGAUUGAACUCAGCUUUAAAAACUGGAGCACUUAUUUUAUAUGUUGUAUUACUUUAUUUCAUGAAGAAAAAAAAUAAAGAAAAGGAUAGCAAGACAUUGGAAAAUAGUGGAAAAUCCAUAGAUGAAGGAAACCCAGAAUCUAUAAAUAAAAAUGGAUACUAUUGUGUGCCUUCAGAUGGACCAAACGAUGAAACACCUCUUUAAGAGAAGAAAGAGAUAAAUCUAUUGCUUUGUUUUCAAACAACUCCUUAGUUCUUUCAUUGAAGAUUUUUACAGUAUACAUAUGAAGGAGGAUGUAUAAUCCUAUGGAUUUAUAUGGAAACAAACCAAAAAUCAAAGAAAUGAAAACAUCUUUGUCAAUGUAUAACUGUGCAUUUGAAGCUGGGAUUGAAAUCCAUGAUCUGUAAAAAUUUUUAGAGUGGAAGUUGGCUAGUUUAUAAAAGAUAAACAAUGAUUAAGUAUUUAUUUAAUCAUUUAUAAUUUAAUAAAAUACAUAAAAUGCUAGGAUGGGGAAGGGCAGUGGAUGGAGAUAAAUUGGCUGCCUGUGCAGGGGAAAAUAUCUAAUGUCUUUAAAAGCCAACGUUUAAAUGGUUCUAUUUAUGCCUGGAGUCUCUGUGAUAGAGGACUUCACGACAUAACAUCCUCAGGUAUCCACAUUAAGUGAUACAUUCUACAGAACUAUUAAUUUGAAAUUGUAUGUAAUAACCCAUGCAUCUUCUUUGUAAUGCUAUACAAAAUGUUGAGAAUAAAACAGACACAUUUAGGAAAAUUACAAGCUGUGUUUGUCAGAAAAAAAAUACCUUAGUUUGCAUUUUUAAUAGCUGUGGUAAUGGAUUGAAAAAAAUCCAUAUUGACUGAAGAAAGCAAAGACCAUUUAAUAAAUGAGCUUUCACUCCAUCUGUUAGUUCUCUAAAGCAAGUGUAUGCCAGACAAGCUGUAAAGGAAAUCAGCAUUUACCAUAACAAGUGUUUCGUUUGUCUGUUUUUUUUUUUAUUUUGAAUGUGAUAUAUAUAAUCAAAUACAUUAUAUAUUUAGGUAUAAUCAAAUAUAUCUAAAAUCAGUAUAAGAAGUAGAAUUAAUGAGACAAAAGAAACUUUGGCUAUUGCAUUAUCUAUUGGGUUUGGAUUUAGUAUAGUGGAUUGUAUAGAUUGUACUUGCUUUAUUGUCACAUGUUAAACAUUUUGUUUGCAUUAAAAUAACCUAUUGCAUUGCU